ACUUGCACAACUAACAUCACAAUCAUCGCAUUAUCAUUUUUUAUUGUUGUUGUAUUGUUUGAUAUUUAAAUUUUUCAUUUCUCUAUCCCAGAGUACUCUUUCUCAAUGUGAACAUUGUAAAUUAUAUCUGUGAUGUAAUUUUCCAACUAGUUUUGUUCGUUUCGUACAUUUUUAGUAAACUUAUCUGUGUUUGGUCUUGUUCUCGUUUCUCAGUACCGACUAAUAUUUAUAUUGUUUUUCUGUUUGUACAGCACAAAGUGCUGCUAUUUGUGCUGUGCUACGCUCACGGCAGCAACAAAUUCAAAUACCUAAGAAGCAAUCAGUUUUCGUUUCAGUUUGUCUACCAAUUGUCAUUUCUGUAUCUAAAUUUCAAAAUGUGGAAUGAUCAAUCAGUUGUAGGUGGUGGCUUUUUUAAUUCAACCAAUCAAUUUGGAAAUGCUAAUACUCCUAAUCAAGCCCAAAAAACGGGUCGAAGAACUUCACGUACUGCACCAAUUGUUAUCAGACAGGCCUUACAUUCUGGAGAUGGUGAUAUCACAAUUUGGGGAACUGAAAUUAUGAUAGUAUCUAUUGUUGCCAGAGUGAGAAAUGUCCGCAUACAGAGUACAAAAAUUACAUACACAAUUCAAGAUAUUACAGGGAGGAUGCGAGCAGUGUUUUGGUUGGAUCAAGAAGCUAUGGAGGAAGAUGAUAAAUCCACUCCAAAAGUGCAAGUGAAUGAUUAUAUUCAGAUUUAUGGAAAUGUAAAAACUAAUAAAGGCAAGAAAGUGUUGAUGGCAUUUAAAAUUAUGCCUGUAACUGAUGUAAAUGCUAUUACGUUCCAUUAUUUACAGUGCAUAAAUAAUAAACUGAAAAUGGAAGCAGAUUCUAAGAAGGAAAAGGUGAAUAUUAAUCCUACAUCAUCAGCAACACUACCAGCUAACUCAAUGGUUGGUAUGAAUGAUAACACUUCAAUUAAUGGAUUAAAUCCACGUCAAAUGAUGGUGUUCAAUUUGAUUCGUGCUUCAACUCUUGAACAAGGCAUAAGUAAACAAGAUAUGUAUGCUACACUAAAGGACCGCAUGUCACAAAUGGAAUUUGAAAAUAUAUUGGAGUGGAUGUGUGGUGAAGGACACAUAUAUUCAACAAUUGAUGAAGAACAUUUCCGUGCUACUGAUGCUUUUUAAUGUAAAUUUUAAAUUAAGAAAUAUCUAUAGAUACUUUUUUAAUAAAACAUUGAAAGUA